GCUGCAGCCAGUGCCUGCCUGGCGAUGCCUAGGCGUAGAGCUGCAAGGUCAUUGUCUCUAUGACAGCCACAAGGGCGCGCAGCUGCGAGACCGGGUGUCGGGACUCAGGCGCAGGCAGUGUCCUGCCGACCGUGCCAGGGUGCAGGGCUGCCAACUGCAACCUCGCACUGGAGGACCCUCGCCUGGCUUUACCUCCCCUUAGAUGGUGGCUGAACUGAUAGAGCGACUUCCCGAAAACGAACAGAUCCAGCCAAUAUUUACGAAAGUGCUUCCUGACGCCCCUAAAUGUUUUGUGGUGACCUUUUGAUUAUUUGGCCAUAAAAACAUUCAAAUGAGGGCUGUUAAUUAGGGAUGUUGCUGUUCUUUCAGGCAAAGUGAACAAAGCAUUGGAGACGGGUACAUCAGGCUCCUACGUAAGGAAAAGAUUGUGAUCAUCCACCAUGGCGUACGGCUUGCCAAGAAGGAACACAGUGCAAACCAUUUUGAAGGGCAGCUGUUAUAAAAUACAGGAACCAUGGGACCUUGCAGAGCUCACAAAGACCUGGUACACAAACUUAGUGAACAUCAAGUUGCCAUUCUUGGGAGAAAUUGCAUUUGGUAACCCUGUAAAGCUCGCCAAAGUAUACCGAACCACCAAAGAUGGCCUGUUCCCUUCAGCACAAGCCGCGAAACUCGAAAAGGAGUAUGAAGCGAAGCGCCUAGCAAAGAUGAAAUGUCUGGAGAAUGCUCAUGAGGAAGUCCAGGCUUCACUACGGCAAAAGAAAGUCGGCUUGAGAAGACCACUCCAACCUAAGUGACCCACUGUGGUGCUGAACCUGAACCUGUUUCUGGCAUCUGCAGGGAUGACGGUCUCUGGUCCUGUCAUGGUGUCAAGUAGACACAGCAGUGCCUGUGGGUGACUGGGCCAGUGUUUCUAGACAUGGCUCGGUGGACACUCUGGCAGAACGCCUGGGUUCCUGCUACACUUGUUCUGUGUGUCGCAUACAGCAGCCCUCCCUGUAAGUAGAUGAAAACGCACCUGGAGUUGUCAUGAUGUGUCACUUAUUUCGUGCUUUUAGGACACAUGGGGGAAGAGGACAGUCCUUGUGAGAGGCAGCAUUCUGAAGAAACACUUGGAUGUGAGUCUUUGAGAUCCCAAAGGAGUUCUCAGAAAGACGAUGAGAGAGAAGUUCUCUUAAAACAUGAGAAACCGCACAUUUUCAUCUGGUUAAGAAAACGAUAGAUUUUGUUUCAGUCACUCUACACUUACCAAUUUUCGGUAAUGUAUCGCUUAUUAGUCUCAUGUGACACUUCAUUAUUUUUUUUUUUAACUUUUUAUGGUGUGGUACCUUAAAGUAAGACUUACUCUGUUUUUGUUCUUCUGAAAAAAAUUGUCAUUUUCCUCCUGGCUAAUAUUCUUUUUACAAUGGACCUGGAGCGGGUGUAGCCCAGCUGCCUGAAAGGGACAUGAAGGGACACAGAUGGCCUCAUUGUGAGGAAAACCCAUUGCAGAGUAUCUGGGGAAUGAGGGAUUGACAGGAAAGAACUGAAUUUGUAUGAACCAAGUUUUCUAGAAUUUGCAUACAAUAAAGCGUAUUUGGAUACCAACAUUAUAGUUAAGCCCUGUUUUUUUUUAAAAGGUGAUUCAUCAGAGAUCUUUUAGGACCUUCUCAUCACUUGGCUUCAUAGAAGGUUCUGUGAUGUAGCGGUAUUGAAACUCUCAGCCUUGAGCUGGUAUGUAACACAGCGGUAGAGUCUAUGUGAGGCUUGGGUAUAUAGUAGUGUGACUCGGGAGGCUUGGAUGUAUAGUAGUGUGACUCUGGGUAGGUGACUUUUUCUCCAAGUCUAUGUGCAAAAUGGUGAUGAUGACAGCUAAGUUCAUAGUGGUGUCCUGGGAUUGAAUGAACUGCCUGGAACAAGAUGAGGAUUCCUCCAGGGUUAACCAUGGCUGUGAGCACAGAACACUGAUGUACCACUAUAAUCUAGAUGUAGAAGAUAGUGUUUAGCUGACUCGUUGGCCUUUGCAGGAACCAGAACUAUUGAAUUUUUCAGAAAAUCUGUUUUGAAAUCAGGUAUGGUAUGUAUAUCUGCCAUUCCAAUAUUCAGGAGGCACUGGACGCUGAGGCAGGAGGAUUGUGAGUUUUAGGCCAACCUGG